AUGAGCCUCGCACCAGCCAAUGACACCGACUUCAAAGUCGAAGACGUCCAGCUCGACGGCAAGCUCGACGUCAAGCUCGACGUCAACGCCGCCGAGGCGGCCAAUGCCGCGCUCGAGCGGCGCAAGGUCGUCGAGAAGAGCCUCAAGCGCAAGCUCGACGCCAGGUGUUCGAUCUUCGUGCUAAUCUAUAUCAUGAACUACCUUGACCGUAACAACAUCGCGGCUGCGCGACUCAAGGGCCUGCAGGCCGACUUGAAGCUCAGCGACACGCAGUACGCGACGUGCUUGUCCGUUCUGUACGCCGGUUACAUCCUCAUGCAGGUGCCGUCUAACAUGAUUGUCAACCGCAUGAGCCGUCCCUCAAUCUACAUUUCGUGUGCGAUGAUCCUCUGGGGCCUCAUCUCGGUCCUCUCCGGCGUCGUGACAAACUUUGCAGGCAUGGUCGCGUGCCGUUUCUUCAUUGGCUUUGUGGAAGCCGCGUUUCUGCCCGGCGCGCUGCUGCUUCUCUCAAAGUGGUAUACCCGUCGCGAGCUCACGCUGCGCAACGCCAUCCUCUUCGGCGGCAACCUGAUCUCAAACGCAUUCUCGGGCCUCCUAGCCGCUGGCAUCUUGUCCAACCUGGACGGCGUGUUGGGCCACGCGGCGUGGUCAUGGCUCUUCUUCAUCGAAGGCGGAAUAACCAUCUUCAUCGCCAUCAUCGGCGCUAUUUUGCUGCCUGAUCUCCCCACCAACACCAGAUGGUUCACGGAGGAGGAGCUGCAAGUCGCCCAGCUGCGCAUGGCCGAGGACGUUGGAGAGGCCGACGAGGACUCAUCCGAGCUGGGCGUGUUCGACGGGUUCCUCAUGGCCGUGAAGGACUUCAAGGUCUAUGUCUUUGUCAUCACACUUAUCGCGUGGACCAUUGGGCUCUCGUUCAACGCCUUCUUCCCAACGCUCACUGCCACUCUUGGAUUCGGUGUGGUCCCUACGCUCCUCCUCAGCGCCCCUCCUUGGGCGUUUGCGGUCAUUGUCUCCAUGAUCAACGCUUGGCACUCGGACAGGACGCAGGAGAAAUUCUGGCACAUUGUCAUCCCGAUUUGCUUUGGCAUCGUGGGAUUCGUCAUCUGUAUGAGCACGAACAACACUGCGGGGCGUUACAUAGGGUUAUUCCUCCAAACUGGCUCGUAUGCGGGUUACAUUGUGGUUUGGUCGUGGGUCGCUUCUUCGUUUCCCCGUCCGCCGGCCAAACGCGCCGUCGUCCUGGCAAUGGUCACGUCGCUGUCCAACCUCGGCAGCGUGGCAGGCUCGUACGUGUGGAACCACAAGGCGAACGGCUUCCGCGGGUCUUACGGCAUCGUGACCGCCAUGUUCUUGUUCACCAUCGCGGGCUGCUGCGUCAUCAGGACGAUCCUGGUCCGCCUCAACAAGCGGCUUGAGGCGGGAGAGAGUGCCUGGGAAUCGAGGGGCGACGUGCUUGAUCGUACACGCCGGAUGGAGGCCCUCGACGGCGCCGAUGAGGCCGUGGCCAUGAAGGCAGGGUUCAGGUAUCUCAUCUAG